CCCUGGGCUCUAGAUGACCUUGUCUCUGCACUGCCCACUGUGAAGCCUUGUGGUUUCACAGCCAGCUUCCCAGUACACAUGCAUGUGCUGCGCUGCACAUUGUGAAUGGCCCGACAGUCUUUGGGUCCUGUGAUGUGUCCCAGAAGGCUGCAGGAAAAGGGGGAUGGGGUGAACCAACUGGUCCCCCGCUCUCCAAAAGGAUUGGCACCUUAGGGGAGCGGGUACCCGAAAUUGACAGGUACCCGCUCCCA